CAUUAGAUUCUGGUUCCUUAUUUUCUCCGUUUAAUCAAACCUUUGCGUAUAACUCUCUUUGCAAAUACCAUUUUCUCUUUUCUUUCUCACACAUCUUUCAGGUGUGGAAAGAAGAGUACAAGUGCCGUACAAAUGGAGGUCAUGCUUACCAACACUCUGCUAACGUGCGCUCUACCCACGCUUUUAGCCUCCGAUCAGGAUGUUAUGCCGCUGGUGGCAAUUGAGACCAAAGUCGAGGGAGAUCAAAAUACAAAUGAUGAGCACAAAGUAGUUGAUGCUGCUGAGGAAGGUGGAGAUGGAGACAACAAUGUUGAGAAUAGAAAUGGUGGAUUUGAGGAUGGUGAAGAGCAAUUUUCUGAUGAUGGGGUUCAUGAAAACAAUCCCAACAAAACCAAUGGCGAUGCCAAGAAAAGCAAUGACGGAGAAGGUGAAGAAAAUGGAGAUGCAGAAGAUGAAGAUGGUGGUGGUGAAGGUCAUGAUGAUGAUGAUGACGACGACAACAAUGAUGACGAUGAUGAUAAUGAUGAUGACGACGGCGGAGAAGGGCCAGAUGAAGAAGAAGAAGAAGUUGUAGAGGAGGAGCCAGAAGAUGAUGAAGAAGAAGAGACGAUCCAGCCCCCAAAGAAAAGGAAGAAGUGAACGAAUGAGUUUAGUUUUAGCUUGAGAGGGAGAAUUACUUAAUGUGCCUUUCAAUUACCUUUCGCUUUAUGUUUUAGAGAACGUUGGAGCUUUUAAUUGAGCAAACAAAAUCUCCCUCCCUCAACUUAACUUGUUUUCCAGAGUACAUAUCUUAAUCUCUUUCUUUCCUGGGCC